AUGCAACUGGCAGCACUACAAGUCGAUGUUCGGUCAGCUCCUCGGCUCAAGUGCUCAACAGACGACUUUCCGACGGCCUUCUGCAGAGACAUGGUGGCGCCGACCCAGACCGACCCACAGACUUCUCCUUCGGGGGACGAUGCAGCCCUCGCUGUAGAAAGCUUCCCCGCUCCCGUAGGGACGGCUGUUAAACCUGUUAGUGACACUUUGGCAGCCCGCAGUGCUUCGGACAUGGCGGUGGCAACCCAGCCCGACCCUCAGACAUCUCCCGUUAGGGACGAUGUUGCCGUGGUUGCAGAUGGCUACCCGUCACCUGCAAAGACGACCCCAGGAACGGCAGGAACGCCAGAGUCUUACGGUGAGUAUGGCAUGGAUCUCUUGCAGGCGCUGCAAGCUUCAGCCAGGGAGAAGUGCCAGUACGUCCAGAGGUCCGGAACAGGGCCACUUUGCGGUGUGGACGAGGAAACGGGCAUACUAGUGCUUCGUGCAUGCUUGGCAGAAGCUGCGCGACUUGAAACCUGGUGCGGCAGCGAAAAGCAUACCUCGGCGCCGUUGUGGGGCGGAGAUGGCGAUUGGAUGCGAUUGCGUCCGAACUUGCUCAAAUGCCUCCAUCCGGACUCCGUGCAGCCUCCAGACAAUUUCCUGACACUUCCAGCCGCCUUCUGGCGGGAUGCGGAGUUUGUCUGCCCCAAGACGGAAGACAACGUUCUGGUGCACGGCGGUACCUUCAAUGUCACGCAGGAGGGCAUGGCAGGCUGCCACUUUAUGCCUUUCCUGACGAAGGAGGAAUAUGGGAGACUGCUGCCACCGUCAUGCCCCAGCCGGUUUUGCGACAUGGUAAUUUCUGUGGCCUCCAGGAGUGGGUCAGCGACUUUGGCAGACCAAGUGCGCGAGUCCGGGGACUGCUAUUUCCACAGCAUUCUCUGUAUCUUGCACUUUCGGGGUGUGCUUCUCUCCAAGGACAUCUUCCGAAACGCAGAGAAUCCGUUGGGUAUGUAUGCAUCCAAAUUUCUGGUGCCGCAUGUGGUCCUGGACCAAGAAAUGGCGGAGAGACACUUGCAGGAUAUGUGUCUUGACGUCUCUCAAGGAGCUCCCCAAGGGACUCCGGGACAAGGCAUUGCAUCAGAAGAGGCAGGGCGCAGCGGCGCAAGCCUGCAGUCGCAGCCAGAGCCAGUUCAACCCUGCAAAAGAAAGCUUCGCUUCGAGAAUGCCUUGGACGAGCAGUCCGCUGCAGGUCGCGACCGGCCAGACCCCGUCACCGACAUGUUGCGGCAUGUGCAGGAGCAGGGCGCGGACUUCAGCCUGGAUGAGUUCUACUUCCAGGACUGUGUCUUCGAUGGCUACUUGGACAAGGACGAGGUCUACAAGACCGUCAAAGAGUGCUUGCUACACUGCUACAACGGCACGGAGACGCACCGUCAGCUUGCCACAAACCUCGAUUUCGACCUUCGCUUCAUGGUGCCCGCUCCCUUAGCUGCCGCAGUCAACACGGUCGCCAAGCGCCGUGGUCUUUCACCGGAAGCCUUGCUAGCAGUCCUGGAUGCCAAUGUCGGGUUCAUGGAAGACCCGACCACAACGCUCACUCAUCAGCUCGACAGCAUGCACGAGAUCACGCCAGCGAGCCCCGUGAUUGUGGGGAGCGCGAGCUCCACACGCAAAAGCCAUCUUAUCAAAGCCAGCGAUGACUGGAUGUUGACUUCACGUGAAGCACCAGAUAUCUUCAAGGAUCGUACUAUCCUGAACACAGACUCGACGACGAAAGGCAUCCGGAACUGUCUGGAAGCGCAUAGUCGGUGUGCCGUCUCCUCAGAUGAGGCGGCUACCACGUUUGACACCAAGUUUAGCGACAAGGAGAGUGGGCUGCAUUUCCUGGCCCCAACCAAGCUGAACACAUGGACGCAGGGUGAGUACGACGGCCCUCAAACGGGGCAAAGCAAGCAAGUGCUCGGUGCCUACAAUUUUAUGUUGAAGGUGGCUGGCCAGACAGAGGUUUGCGAGUGCAUCCUCAACCCCAAAGUGCAUGGCUUCCAGAAACGGAUCAAACAAGUGUGGAGUCUGGCAACGCUGCACACGGACGACAACCAGUGCAGCAAGGACAGCGACAAUUUGAUCCAAGAGUACCAUGACUGGAUGCUCCGAACUUUCACAGCUCCUGGGAAGGGUCAGAAGCUGAGCCUGGAUGGCUUUGCUUUGAGUGUCUACCGGUCAGCAAAGGAGGCUCUCAUGGACGCCAUGAAGGAGAUGCCAAAGAUGCCGCCGGCUUGGCAGAGCAAACUCCAAUUCUUCCACAGCGAUGUUUUGCGCGAAACGCACAAGGUCAUGAGAGCUUGUCAGUUCUUGAACGGGAAGUUUGGCAAACCGGAUGCUGAUAGGGUCACAGCCGCCGUAGACGAGAUCUCCGUGGGGCUCAUGCGGUGGCUUCGGCAAGUCCAGCUUCACUUCGGUUUCUAUCGCUGGGCACAGCGCAACCAGAAGAAGGAGCACUCGCGCAAUGAGGUCCACGAGGCUGUGCUGGCCGAGCCGCAGUACGAGGAAGAAGAGGAGCAGACGCCAGAGGACGAGUUCAUGAAGCUUCUCCUCGAGAAGGCGCCCAAAGACCAAAUGUUCACAGCGAAGCAAGUUCGAGAUUGGUUUCGAAACAAGCGCAGUGACUGGUACAGGAAAGGUUUGGCCGACAAGAUCUUAACAGCCAUUGACCAUCUCUUGACACGCAACCUGCUGCAGUACCCUGACGGCCAUGCGGCAGAGCCAGAGACGCAGCAUGUGCAUGCACCGGAAGACGUCCAGCCGGAGGAUGAGAAGGUAGCGCCUGUCGCCAAGAAGGCCGCCAGCAAGAAGGCUGCAAGGCGCGCCAAGAAGACGGCACGGGGGCGACCUACCGUGCAAGUCAAAAAGCGCACCCUGGCAGACAUUAUGCAAGACGAGGCCGCCGACCAGGAGCGCAAGAGGCUGAAGGUGAACUCGUCCGAGUUUUCCUGA